AUUUUUAUAUCCAUUAAUUUAUAAAAAAUUAUGUAAAAAAAUAUACCAAUAAAUAUUAAUUAAUAUUUAAUUUCGAUUGGUUGAUUAUUAGUUGCGUGUACGUAUAUAUCUUUUUUACAAUAUGUAUGCUGCGCCCUUGUCAAACGGAUAGGAAAAAACAACACAAAAUAAAUAGCUAUGGAUGGAAAUCAAUCAAAAGCAAGUGAUUCACAGUUUAUUUCGUUUCAAGAUUUUCCUUCAAUAAAUCAUGAAGGAAAUAUUACUCAAGCACAAUUGGAUAUUAACACGACCACUCAUCAAGGUUUUAAUAACCUCUCAAGUGACACUUCAGGCAUUGGUAUUAUCGAAGAUCUUCAGGGAAUGCCUGAUAAAAAUGAAGCCAAUUCAUCACGCAAUUUUUGGACAAUAGAGUAUUAUCAAAAGUUCUUUAAUGUAAAGACAAAUGAUGUGGUAGAAAGAAUUAAAAGAUCUAUGUUUCCACAUGGUAGUGAAAAUUAUUUGAUAUCCCAUAUUAGACCAAAUCCAGAUCUUUAUGGUCCCUUUUGGAUUUGUGUUACACUAAUAUUUUCUAUUGCCAUUAGUGGAAAUCUGGCUGAUUAUUUACAAACAGCUAAUUCAAGUAAAUAUCAUUGGAGGUAUGAAUUUCAUAUUGUAUCUUACGCUGCAACCUGUAUAUUUUUAUAUGCAUGGUUAUUACCACUUACUUUGUGGGGAGCUCUAAAAUGGACUACAAGCACAAGAGAUACAGAGGAGGAAUUAAUUGAGUCUUAUGCAACUCCUGGUCUUUUAGAACUUAUAUGCCUUUAUGGUUAUUCUUUGGCUAUUUAUAUUCCUGUAGCUUUUUUUUGGACAAUUCAAAUUGAAUGGUUGCAGUGGAGUUUAGUCGUAGUAGCAACUUUUUUAUCUGGAGGGGUGUUACUAAGGUCUUUGUUGCCUUUAAUAACAGGCAGGUAUAGGAUAAUGUAUAUUGUAAUAAUCCUUGGUAUGCACCUUUUAUUGGCAAUAGGAUUUAUGCGAUACUUUUUUCAUAUACCAUCAAAGACUUUAAUCGAACACACAACACAAAUGCAAACAGAAAUUAUAGGAAAUCAAGGUGCAAAUAAUCAUUCUGGUUAAUUAUAUUUCAAUUUGUUAUAUGUCAACAAUGGUGGAUUUGAAAGCAUCUAUAUUUUAUAAUAAGUUGCCGAUAAUAUUGGCAAGCACAUUUAUUCCAAUAAAUACUGACUGAUAAAAAAUGGAAUGAUAAAAUCGCACAUAUUCGUUGAAAGUUAAUUCCGUUUUUGUGCAUGUAGAUGUAGUAUUUAUACUAUACCUGUGAGCAAAAAAUAAAUGAAAAUAACUAAAAUUUGUCACAUUUGAGGCACUAGUGUUUAUUAAAAACAUUUCAGUCAAUUCAUAUCAAAUAUAUAUAUAUAUAUAUAUAUACGUAUAUAUAUAUAUGUAUAUAUAAUAUUCCUGUGUGUCAGGGCAAUAUAGAAGGCCAACAAAAUGUCUGGUUGAUUUAUUUUCACAGCCCCUAUUUUAAUAUAGGGACGCGUUACAUAUCAACGCAACACAUAUCAUUUACAAUCAUACGAACCUCCAUAUUGUACAUAGUAAUUGUUAGUACUUGUAAUAUAAUAGUAUUUAUAAUUACUAGUCGUCGUUAAUACAAUCGUACGUAAUUUAUUAAGAUUUUCUUCUUUAUUAUGAUUAAUCAAUGUGAUAAAAGGCAACAUUCACUUUGUAAUAGUAUCGUCACAUUAUUAUCAUCGGUCUAUCAAUAUUAUAUCAUGACAGUAGUAAUUUGCCGUUUAACGUUAUUACACAAACGAUGCAACAUUGAUAUAUUGAUAAAUAACUUUCCAAUUGUUUAUCGUGAUUUUACUAGAUUUUUUUUUAUAUCAUACGAAAACGGUUUACGUGAUCUUCGUUGGCGCUAUUACCGAAAAGAAACGAGUGCUGUGAAAAGCUAUUUUUACUAAUAUAAGAAUGUUCAUUUUAUUUACAAACGAUUUCGCGUUUGGAUCUAAUUGGAAGUUAAAAGUAUUUCUUUCUCUUUUUUCUUUUCUUUUUUAACUUUUUCAGAAAGUACCAACACGAUAAUCUUGUAAAAGUCCAAGCAAUUCGCAAGAGAUAACACGAUAGUAAAAUUUAGCAAAUAUUUUGAAUUCUACCAAGUCUUUCGUUUUGCAAGCCUUGUCGAUGUGAGCGUUGCGUGUACAAAAUAGAAAAAAGUUCGACCAGAACUUGACUCCUUUAAAGUAAAUAGUAUAGCAUCUCUUGUAGCCUGUAUUUUCGUUCACACUUGUGCAAUAUUUUUUAUAUUUUUUUACUUUGAUUACUAAAAAUUAAAAUCAAUUAAAUUAUGAUUCGAUGACCAUUGAUGAGAAUAAAAAUUGAUAGAUACGAAUUAUUCGAGUAUUUAAACACAAAUUCUGUCAUAAUAAAAUCAGUAAUAUUUUUUAAUCAAUUGAUCUUGAAUAUUAAAUUUUGUCAAAAUUUUGUCAAAAGUUUGUCAAAUAUUUAAAUCAAUGCAUACUUUUGUAUAGCUGUAUAAACAAUAUGUUUAAGGAAAUAUAAUAUUGGAUUAUGGUGAGAUGGGCGCAAAAGUUAUGGAAUAUGUUGUGCAGACAAUGAUGUUUUUUUAAUACUGUAAAACAAUAAACAUUUUUUAUUAGAUCGGUAUUUUCGCUUGGACAUUGGUAUCCUUGAUACAAGCUACCAGAAUUUCUGUUCGAGCGUUUAAAGUAAAGCGUUUCGACGAUCACGAAACCGCCGGAACGAUAUUCUACAAUUUACGGCUAGUGCUCACAACGACUUGGUCCAACGUGUUUACAAGAUAAUUACAGUCAAAGUUUGCGAAUAGGCAGGAGCAAUAAUAACGAGUAAUAAAUCUACGACAGUCUACUUAGUUACUUGUUUUUUUUCUUCUCUCAAUCUUUUCUGCAAUGUUACACGAAACGAUAUUUUUGUUUCUCAUCUCUCCUUUUCUUUUUUUUUUUUUUUUAAAUAUUAAAUAUUAAGAUUCUCAACGCGUUUACACGGACAAGGAGAGCGUGUUAAACGAAUUGAGAGAAAGAUUUGCAAUUAAUUCUUAUUACCGUUAUUUACAAUUAGGUGUGUCGCCGGGCAUGUCUAUCGUUAUUAUUGUUAAUAUUAAUAUUAUAUAAUAUACAUUUUCUUCUUCUAUUUCGAAAAUGCAAACACGCAUAACUAUUACAGAAACAUACAGAGCAACUGUGCGCAAGUUGCACGCCAGGCGCCCUUUAAAUAUUACACAUAGAUAAUAAUUUUUACCCUGGUUUUAUCAAUUAUUACAAGUAUACGCAUAUAUGUAUAUGUAUGUACUUUUAUAUAUAUAUAUAUAUAUAUAUACACAUACUUAUAUAACAUUGCUCAUAAAUGUCAUAUUUUCUUUAUACAAUCGUUGACUAUCAUUUUCUACCAUGUUACACAAUAUUGCGGUAAUUUCAGUCGCAUGCUUAAAUAGUAUGUAAUCCAUUUCCUUUUUUUUUUUAUCCUAAAUUUCGAAAUUUUUACUUGCAAUAAACAAACUUUAAACGAUACUAAAGUAAGUCGUUGAAUUUGAACGAGAUCACUACUACAUAUUCUUGAAAAAUUACUUUUCUCCUUCUUAAAAAAAAUUUAUUUAUUUUUUAUGAAAUAUUACAUUAGAUUGAAAAUGAAAUGAUAAUGUACGAUACGAGAAAGACGCGUUAAUACUUAUAUAUAUAUACAUAUCUUUUUUUUCAGAUUUUCUUUUUAUUUUUUAUCUUGCCAAAAUUGUAAUUAUAUUGUUAAUUAUUGUUAUUUCAAAGCUUUCUGCGUUUCUUAACAUUUUUGUGUGCGAUUUAUCAUAGACCAAGAUAUAUUACCAAUCUCGAACCAAUUUUUACUAUCAAUCAUGAUGAAAAUGCAUAUUUGGAAAGUGGUAACUACCGCACGGUCGGUUUUCAAUUCGUUUAAAUUACAUCUAAUAUGUUUUGCAAUUUGACUACUUCGGUUAAUCAAGAUGCGCGUGAAUUCGUGAUUAAAAAUCCCCGCUUUUUUUCACGUUCGCGAGGAAUUUCUACUCUUUAUUGUACUAUCUAGGUGAAUGCUAUGUUUUUCGAAAAAUUAAAGGCGAACAAAAAAAAGGAAAGGGAUAUAUAGGUGUUUAACUUUCCUGUCUUUUUUCUUUCUUUUUUCUUUUUUUUUUUUUCAAUAGAAAUCUUUUAAGAGGAGAAUGGAUAUCAAAUUUUUGGUAUCGACGACCGUGACACGUUUGAUAUGUUCUUUUCUAGACCGAAGCUACACAAUUCAAUUUGGAAAAGUCACUAAAUUUUUAUUUUUUUAGAAAUUAGUAAACGCAAAAUCUGGAUUCUAAGAAAGAUUCAGAAAGACGAGAUCUUUUGCGAGUACUCUUGAGUACUUGUCGAGUACUAUUCGAGUACUUUCAAAUAUAUCGAAUCGCUCAGUCGCUUUACCGUAACUUUCUAAGAAGAUAAAGAUUAGUCCGUUUUGGUCAAUUACUUAGGACAGAUAGUUAACUUUAAUAACUAACACGAUUAAAAAACUACGAGAAACUUACAUUCGAAGAAUACACAUUACUAACUGUAUGUACGUGUAUACAAUGUGUCAUUACUUUUGCGCGCUAUGAAAUUCUUGUUGCUUUCUAAAUUUUUAUCGUACAAUUAGACUGUUUUUUAAAUACGUGUUCUACGAGUAAGGUUCGAAUAAAAAUCCAGUACGUUACACGUUUCCAUUAUUUGUGUGUAUGUAUAUAUGUGUGUAUGUGUAUGUGUGUAAAUGCAUCACGUAAAAAUGUGUUCGAAACGUAUCGCGCUAAAAGCACAGUUAUAGAAACAGAGAAGAAACACGUAGCGAACAUAGACACGGGCUAAAAUUUUUUUGUUCGUGCCCGAGGAGAAAGAAUUCGCCAGCGUGGUUCGUCGAGUUCGAUGCAAAGUUAUAAAAAAGGGACGUUUCGUUUGCUCCUCUUCCACUUCUAUUAACGAACGAGUUUUUCACCUAUGGCUUAUAAGAACGUGAGACUUUUUUUUUUUUGUUUUGAUCAAAUGUUCCACGUUGAUCGUUAAUUUUUUUUUUCUUUUUUUUCCUUUUUUAUUCCGAUCGAACGGUUCGUUUGAUUGCGUGCUUAAGUGAUAACAGGUACAUAAAUUACACACGAACUAGUAGUGAACUAUAAUUUUUUUCUUUUCUCUCUUCUCUUUUCAAAAGCUUCUUUCCGGAAUUGGCUGGUACUUGGGGAAUGUUCGGCGAUGCAUUUGUCCGGUUUUUUUUCUUUUCUCGAUUUUUUUUUUUUUUUUUUUGAUUCACGUCGAUCUCUCACGAAUUGUCUCGAUUGUUCAACGACAAUCCUUUUGCUUAAAUAUUUUUCAAUCGACACGACGAGAUCUCUUCCCGUUGCACACAACGUGCAAGACACAAGAGUAUUGAGAUUGUAAGAAAAACUAAAAAAAAAACGCGGGAAGUGAAACCGGUGUUGGCUAUACCCGAUAUUUCUUUUCUUUUCCUGAUACGACUUCCUUUCAAGCGUAUGAGAAGGUGUGAGAACGUGGACGAUACAGUUAUCUCUGUUGUUUAUCGACGAAAAGGAUAAAACAGACUCGUCGAUCGGAUGAUGAUUGGAAUAAGGAUUCGCGGCCGUAGCAUAAAAGAGAGAAAAAAGGGAGACAACGUUUGACAAAGAAUAGAGCCGUAAAAAGACAGCGAAAAUUCAGUUGAAAAAGUGUCCGAGCGAAUACACGGACAUCUGCAUUUAUUAACUAUUUAGAACAUAGUGAUGCUUGCGUGAACUUUUCUCUUUCUUUCUCUGUCGUUUAUACUUUUUGCAUUUUUAUUGUUAUUGUUAUUAUUAUUAUUAUUAUUAUUAUUAUUAUUAUUAUUAUUUAUUAUUUAUUAUUAUUUUAAAUGUUUCUUUUCGUUUAUUCAUUUCUUCUUUUUUCUUUCUUGUUUUUUUCUUUUUUUUUUUUUUGCUAAUUAUCAAUUGUUCAAGUUGCAUAGCUUAUUUUCUUGAUUACAUUUUUUUACGCGGCUUCAAAGAGCAUCGAAGCUCUCGUCGAUCACCUUAAGCAUUAGUCUUUAGUGUUUGAUUAUUAUACUACAGUAAUAUACAGAAAAUUGUGGUUCUCGUCCCUGCUAGCCUGCUCGUCCAUCGAAUCAAUUUUAUCUCCCAUUAGUUCGCAAUUGUAGUUCGAUUUUAAUUUGUCGCUGGACGAGCAGUCCCCGGGGCUUUCAAUUAAUAUUCAAUAAUUACAAUACACUAAAUAUAAUCGGCCCGUGUAUAUUAAAAUAUAAAUAUCAAAUAGACUUUUUGCCCCCAGGAUGUAUGCACCUAAAUGCCGAUGCGCGACUUAAAAAUUGAGAAACGUUCGUUAAGUAAGUCGUCACCGAUUAGUCAAAACCCCUGUUGUCGAAAAUACGGGGAGCUCGUCACCACCAAAAUUUCGAUAAAAUCCAAAAAACGAAUUUUAUUAUCAUCAUCAUCAUCAUCAUCAUCAUCAUCAUCAUCAUCAUCAUCAUCAUCAUCAUCAUUAUUAUUAUUAUUAUUAUUAUUAUUAUUAACAGAGAAAAAUAUUCAGUCGAUAGUCGAUUGUUUUAUUUAUUUAUUUUUUUUUUUUCUCUAAUCGAGACGAGAUUUUCUACGUGUAAUUAUCUAUAGAUUUCGGUAGUGACGAGCCACCUCGAGAUGAGAUUAGAAUUUUUCGGUUUAUCUACUAGAUGAUAUUAUAAUGUUCCAUAACUCCAUUACAGUAUCGAAACGUCGUGUCGGUCGACAGUGACGAAGAAGAUUUCGAUCAAUCGUUUGAUUCACCGUACAAUUUAAAGCCUAAAUACUUUUUGAUUUGUCUGCUGAUUGAUUUAUAAUUGUCGUUCGUUUUCCAUCGUUCUUUUCCAACGAAGCGUUUAUUGUCAGACACACUAAAGUGAAGCCAAAGAACAGGGACUCGUCGCGGUCGGUCGACCCAACGCCGUGAACCGUAACGCAGCGGUUCUUUCGCAGGUUUUUUCUACCCUUUCUUCUUCUUCUUUUUUUUUUCCCUUUCUUUCUUUCUCGUUCGCUAUUCUAUAUAACAAUUCCUUUCUCUCGAAACUUAUUAUUAUUACCAAUUUUUUCCAACAGUUUUUCUAAUAUUCGACGACGACAACGACGACAUUCGGAUUCGACUCGUAUAGUUCCGUAUAGUUCGUGCACAAACUAUUUCCGAGACCAAACUAAACCUAUGCUUUGUACUCUGGUCGACCUCUGAAAUAAUUCAUCGCACGCGCAAGCAGUGGAUAUCUCAAUUUUUCUUUGCCUUCUAUUAUACAAUUUUUAUAUAUGUAUAUGAUGUAUAUUCAUAUAUGUAUAUGUAUAUAUAUAUAUGUAUAUGUAUAUAUGUGUAUGUAUGUGUAUGUGUGUAAAGAGAGAAACGGUGUUCAACGAAAUAACCGAGCAUAAAAACGCGAGAGGAAUCGAAUUUCAAGUUAACGAAAAUAAUUAGUCCGGUCGAAAAAACGAAAUUCUAGAAGAUAUUCUGCAUGGAUCGUCGAUAUAUAAGGCACGCUCUACUAGUAAAUAAAUUUGACGAGUCGACGAGUACGAGUGGUUGCACUCGGUAGUUUCGACACACCGAUAUACACACUUUUACAGGCCAUGCGUUUUUUUAAGCUGAUUCGAUCGUUCGUAAACAAACACGAGAAGAGAAAAACCGUUGGUCGAUUUCAUAAACCGUUUCUUCCCUCCUAUUCGAUAUCGCGAAUACAACUUGCGCCUUCUUCUGCGUUCUACAAUUCUACAGCGGAAGUCGCGCAAAGUGAAAAGCGGUAGACAGAAAAAAAUGCCGUCUCUCGGAUGCUCGGAUAUCUGUUGUACACCAUUCUCGUUCGACGACUCCGCGACCGUGCGGCCGCCAUUACGCACGCGGCAAAGACAAUCGGCGCAGCCUGAGAGUUUUAAUACUUUAAGACAGACUUUCUGCGAAAGCUUAAAAAAACUUUUUCUUUUUCUUCUCCUUUCCUCCUACGUGUGUAUACUUGUGUGUUUCACUCAUUCUCUCUCUCUCUCUCUCUCUUUCUCUCUCUUCCCCUCCCCUGCCUUUUCCUUUUUAUCUCUUCGUUCGUUUUUCUAAGCUAAAUACCGCCAUUUAGAAACUUCAUUUUACACUCGCUACGACAGCGAUCGAUCGGGGUUUAUGCUAUGUUGCUGGAUGCGCGAUCGUACGAAGGAUCCACGUGUAAUCCGAAUCCAUCGACGAGUUUAACGUUCGUUUCUUUUCGAAUUUUUUAUUUAUUUAUUUAUUUUUUUUUUCUCUUGAAAUUUUACCUGACACCGCGAAGUAUACAAUUCGACUUUUUUUUCGAUUCAAGAACGAAAUCGAGAACGAUCGACCUUGUUCAAAACUUUCGAUGAAUUCGGUGACACGUGGUUAACGAUAAUUUACACAUUUAUACAUUUGUAUUCGUUACGUAUAGGAUAAAGAAGUUUGGCAAACAAUGUCAAUAUUAAUCGACGGCACGAAGGACUUAUCCUCUCAACAUGUGUGUGUGUGUGUAUAUGUGUACGUGUAUAUUAGUGUAACUAUUAUACAUGUAUCGAUGAUAAUGUUACCGCGAUAAGGCAAUGCUAUGAAAAUUCUUCGCGUAAAAAGGAUUAAACAAGAAGAAAGGGAAAAGACGAGUGAAAAAUCUGAACUGAAAAGUUCGAGAAUUUUGAGAAAAAAAAAAAAAGAAUUUGUUUUUUUUUUUUUGUCACCUUUCCGAACAAGCCCGGCUUCUUUUCGAACAAGUGGAAGAGAAAAUUACGAUCAGAGAACGAAAAGAUACUAAACACACUGUCGUCGUGGAAGAUGGAUGAAAAGAUCCAUAUGUAUAUAUAUAUAUAUUCCUUAUUUUUCCAAGAUAUCUUACGAUCAAUUUAGGUUGAUUAAAAAAAAUUAAUUAAAAGAUACAACAAGAUAUGUUGUAUCAGCCCAUACGACACGAAUGAAACAAUACAAUAAUUUGUAAUCACAACGAUGUUAAAUCCGUUAUCCAAUAAUAAUAAUAGUUACAAAUAGUGCUACUGCUAUCAUAGUAUAAUUAAAAUACACAAAAGGCGAACAUUCAUAGGCGGUACAAAUAUAUAAUAUAGCCAUAUAGCGAAUAGAUUUAUCUGUAACAGCGAAUUCGUCUUAUUCGUACGAUUGUAUAAAGUUCUAAGUUUUAAAGAAGUUUUAGAUAGACCUGUUUUAACUUCGUUACAUUAUUUCUUUCUUUCUUUCUUUCCUCACCGAAUCUCAUCUUUAGUUUUUUUUUCAGUUUAGUUUUAACUUUCAUUAUUUCAAAGUUAUGGAAAUAGAAAUCCAUGGAUAGAAAUUAGAUUUUCGUACGAUUGAAAAUCUCGUGGAAGGAAUCCCGAACCGAGGAGAAUCCUUUGAACACUGGUGAAGAAUAAACGACCAAUAUCUCCAAAACUACCUAUAGAAGAAAAAAAAAAAAGUUUGUUCGCUCGAAAAUAGUUUCUUUCUUUCUUUGUGAAAAUACCGAUCUGGUAAAUAAGUAGUCCAAAGUGAAGAAUGUUUCUUCCACGUGGCGCGAAACGAAAAAAAAUGGGAACGCGCGUUUCGUUGAAAUCGAACGCUUGAAAAAGAAGGAAACGUAUUACAAAAAAAGAAAACUAGAAGUAGAAGAAAGAAAAAUUCUAUAUUCUAAAUCGUACGAACAUCGAAACACCAAAAUUUCUACUUUCUUCCACAGCGAAUACUAUCAAACUAUGCCAAGGCUUAAUGUCUCUAAUUAUCGAUCCUAAUUCCGUCACCCAUUAAAGACGAGAAAAAUCGUAUUAUAUAACAAUAUAACAAUGUCUAAGCAGCAGUGAUGUGUUUACACGAGUGUUUCUUUCCCCCUCCCCCUCCCCAUUUUCGUUAAAAACUAUUAAUAGAUUAGCCCCUUAUUCGUAUAACAUUAUGCAUAAUUGUUGACAAACGAUAUAAUACAAGUACUACCGUUAAUAUUAUUUGCAAUAUUACCAUAGUAUAAUAGUGAACAUUAAGAACAUCGAAGAACAGUCAGAUGUGAAUCGUCGAUUCUAUCCUAAUUUUACCCGCACGUUCUAUCAUUUACUUCUUGCCUCUCUAAUCGGACUUCAUUUACCUGUUUCGUUACGAUACGGAGCAGAAGAAAAGGAAACGAAAGAAAUUAAAAAAAAAAAAAAAAUAAAAGAGAAAAAGAAAAAAAAAAUCAACAAAAGAGGAAACAUCUUUUAUCUUAACCGCGGUCUUCGCAGUUCGUCUCAAUUCAAAAUUUCAUCAAAAUUUUGAAUCGUUUUUAAGAGAAGUCUCAAGGUACGAAUUAAAACUACGAGCUAUUGUAAUUUCUCUUUGCACGGUGUAUAUAUAUAUAUCUAAUAUAUAUUAGAUAGAUAUAUAUAUAUAUAUAUAAUCUAUGAGAUCGCGCGCACACGUAAACCGAACAAAGAAUUCGUGCGUAUGGGAUCGUGAGCAAAAUUCUAGUUGACGAGUUCGCGACCAACCGAAAUUUAGGACAAGUAUAUCGUAUAUACAUACACAUAUACGUCGAUAUAGUAUACGCCGUUUGUGUUUUUUUUUUCUCUCUCUGCUUCUUCUUUUUUUCUUUUUCUUUUUUCUUUUUUUUUUCUUUUCUUUUUUUUUUUUUUUUUUUGUUUUUCAUUAUUCGUUUCUAAAUGUAAAUGUGGUCCGAUCGUGAUGAGCAAUCCGACGAUUAAAGACCAAGAACGUAAGAAGACAGACGUUUAAGAAUUCACAGAGCACAAUACAAUAUCAAUCCUCUAGUAGUAACUCCAAAAAUAUGUUAUUCUCUCCUAUAUUUGUAAUAACUACGCUAUCUAUUCCUCGCAAAAAAUCAGUUACUUUGUUUUACAGUGAUAAUAUAUAUAUAUAUAAUAUAUAUAUAUAUAUAUAUAUAUAUAAUUUUAUACGAACUAUCCAUACAACGCGAUGAACAUUAAAUUCUAAGUCCACAAAAAAACGUAAUUUUAUCUGUGGAUUUCCCUUCUUUUUUUCUUUCUUUCUCUUUUAUUUAUCCUUUCGUAUUUUUUCUUAUUUUUUUUUUUUUUCUUUUUUUCAUUUCUGGCCAUUUCAACGAGAGUUGAAUCCGUUAUUAUAACAGUUGUUCUAACCUCGUUCGUCGAACAUUAUUUUACGACACCGAAUACUCGUGUACAGAAAUCGAUCCGUCAGUUUUUUUCGAAAAAUGCUCUCUUUUCUUUUCCUAUUAUCGUUAUUAAUCAUUAUUUUUCCUCUCUUUCGUCCAGAGUCGAACGAAAAAAUUUCGAGUUCCAAAGUUCCAUGCACGAGCACUCGGGAUCGAGCAUUAGAGAUUCCACACACUAAAUAAAUUUUCUAUUGGACACAAUCUCAUUAACAUUUUAGGCACUACACCUAGACACUAAGAAAUCACUCCGCUCCCUUCUGCCCUGAUGCGAUAAGAAAUAUAUGUACAAAUUUAAAAAUGAUUAAAAUAAUAUUAUAUAUAUAUAUAUCUCUAUAGCUUCGAGUGUAUACAUGUAUGUGCACGUACGCGUAUGAACGCGCACGCUUAUAAUCGUACGUGUAUUAUGUAGGUGUAUUUUGUACAUGUGUUCCUUGUUUUUCUUCUUUUUUUCUUUUUUUUCUGAAUGUAUUAUGUUAUGUAUCAUCGUGUCACCCGAAAGGAAGAGGUAAACUGUUACGCUUGCGCCCAACAAUGUAACGAUCUAUCCUAGAAAAUAUCGUAUCUUUUUUCUUUUUUUAGCACAAUUUUCCCUCUAACGUGGUAAAAAGUAUGGAAGUAAAAAUCUAUCACAAACAUCGUCUAAUCUAUCACUCUGUCACUCGAAGCAAAAAAUUCGCGAGAGAAAAAAAACGAGAGAAAAAAAAAAAAAAAAGAAGCUUGAGAA